AUGUUUGGGGUUUUGGUGAUGGGGACGAUCAUGGUCCAGAUGGGGCAGACCUGUGGGCUUGAGAUGUUCUUGGCCAGAUGGGGGCAGAAGGAUUCGAACUGUGAACUUAAAGGACCAGACGUGAAGCAGAUUCCUACAAAUAUCUCCAUCAACACCAAACACCUGGAAGUGAAGCAGACUCUCAUUGGAACGAUUCCCGGGGGCGUCUUCUCCAGCCUGCAGCAACUCCAAAAAAUAACCAUACAACACAACGAACAGCUGGAGAGCAUUGAACCCUACGCUUUCGCAAACCUCCCUCGCCUCUCCUCCGUAUUCGUCUCUGGAAAUGCAGCGCUAAAGAAAAUGGGAGCGCUUGCUUUCUUUAAUCUCCCCGAGCUCACUGAAAUACACAUAACUAACGCCAAACACUUGCAGCAGAUGGACCGCGGUGCAUUCAAGAACAUCCCGAAACUGCGCUAUCUACUCAUCGCCAACACCGGUCUGAACAUGUUCCCAGACCUCGGACACAUCCACUCCGCCGCAAGAGACUUCAUCUUUGAGUUCCAUGACAACAGUUACAUCACAGAAGUCCCUCCCAACGCCUUCAGAGGCCUGUGCUCCCAAACCAUCACCGAGAUACGCCUGAGCAGAAACAGCAUUGAGCGGGUGGCAAGAGACGCCUUCAACGGCACCCGGAUGCGCAGAUUGUUUCUAGGCGGCAACACCGGCCUUACUCACUUCAGCCCCGACGCCUUUGCUGGAUCCAGUCAGUUGGUGGUACUGAACAUCUCUCAUACAGCCCUGAGCUCCGUUCCCAGCUCCAUCCUCAACAGCCUCCAGAAGAUCAUCGCCAAAUCGGCCAUAAACCUACGACAGCUCCCCGCCUUCACCAGACUGGCCCACGCCGAGCUCACCUACCCCUCCCACUGCUGCUCCUUCGACAAAAUGAUCAACAACAGGUCCAAGAAGCAUCCGCUUUGUUCCCAUGACCAGGUCCACACAGACCCUCACUUUGUCAGGGUCUGUCUAAGCAACUCCACCUGCUUCCCCAUCCCCGACGCAUUCAACCCCUGUGAGGACAUCAUGACCACUGUCUCCCUACGGGUGCUCAUCUGGGUCAUUUCUGUCCUGGCUCUGCUUGGGAACACUGCAGUACUGCUGGUUCUGUUAGGUACCAGAGCCAAGUUGACAGUCCCGCGGUUCCUGAUGUGUCACUUGGCCUUCGCUGAUCUGUGUAUGGGCGUGUACCUGGUCGUCAUAGCGACAGUGGACAUGUUUACACGAGGGAAAUACUACAACUACGCUAUCGACUGGCAGACCGGACUGGGCUGCAGUGCUGCGGGCUUCUUCACUGUUUUUGCAAGCGAGCUGUCGGUGUUCACGUUGACAGCCAUCACUCUGGAGCGCUGGCACACGAUCACACACGCACUUCGCCUGGACAGGAAGCUCCGCCUCCGGCACGCCUGCUUUGUGAUGACAGGGGGCUGGGUCUUCGCUCUCAUCGCUGCCCUCCUCCCAACACUAGGGGUCAGCAGCUACGGCAAGGUGAGCAUCUGUCUCCCGAUGGAUGUUGAGUCCAUCUUGGCUCAGAUCUACGUCGUCUCCCUGCUCCUCUUAAACGUUUUGGCGUUUUUGUGCGUCUGCGCCUGCUACCUGAGCAUCUACCUGACCAUCCGAAACCCAAGCUCCGCCCACGCGCACGCCGACACACGCAUAGCUAAACGAAUGGCGCUCCUCAUCUUCACCGACUUCCUCUGCAUGGCUCCGAUCUCUUUCUUUGCCUUGUCCGCUGCCUUAAAGCUGCCACUCAUCACAGUUACAGACGCCAAGUUUCUUUUAGUCCUGUUUUAUCCAAUUAAUUCCUGCUCAAAUCCGUUUUUAUAUGCUUUUUGCACACGCACGUUUAGGAGGGAUUUUUUUGUAAUGGCGGCGCGGUUUGGGGUGUGCAAAACGAGAGCGCAGAUCUAUAGAACAGAGACGUCCUCGUGUCAGCAACCAGCUUGGACGUCUCCCAAAAGUAGCCACAUAAUGCUAUACUCCCUGGCUAACACCCUGCAUAGUAUCGAUAGUAAACAAGACUUCUGA